UUCCCAGAGAUGCUGGGACGACCGUCCUCAGACAACCCAGAGGUGCUGGUGCUGUAGACCCACGUCAACCUGCUCUGUGGAAGGGGUGGCCGAAGCUGUCCACAGACCAUAUAAGUACUCCUCUUCUCCAUCUCCUCUCCCAGCUAUCCUCUAGAUGUUGCCUGGAGAAGGAUGCGGUUAGGAGUGGUGCUUCCUGAAUCUGACAAAUGUCGUACCCUGACCAAGACUCUUGUAUACAGUCAGUAUGGGGUGAAGAAGGGUCUGUACAGAGGCCGGUCUCUCAACUACAUCUACUGUGUGUACUCACAGGCUGUGGCCUUUAUCACCUAUGGGUUGAUGAAGGGUCUGUACAGAGGCCUGUCUCUCAACUACAUCUACUGUGUGCCCUCACAGGCUGUGGCCUUUAUCACCUAUGGGUUGAUGAAGGGUCUGUACAGAGGCCUGUCUCUCAACUACAUCUACUGUGUGCCCUCACAGGCUGUGGCCUUUAUCACCUAUGGGUUGAUGAAGGGUCUGUACAGAGGCCUGUCUCUCAACUACAUCUACUGUGUGCCCUCACAGGCUGUGGCCUUUAUCACCUAUGGGUUGAUGAAGGGUCUGUACAGAGGCCUGUCUCUCAACUACAUCUACUGUGUGCCCUCACAGGCUGUGGCCUUUAUCACCUAUGGGUUGAUGAAUGGUCUGUACAGAGGCCUGUCUCUCAACUACAUCUACUGUGUGCCCUCACAGGCUGUGGCCUUUAUCACCUAUGGGUUGAUGAAGGGUCUGUACAGAGGCCUGUCUCUCAACUACAUCUACUGUGUGCCCUCACAGGCUGUGGCCUUUAUCACCUAUGGGUUGAUGAAGGGUCUGUACAGAGGCCUGUCUCUCAACUACAUCUACUGUGUGCCCUCACAGGCUGUGGCCUUUAUCACCUAUGGGUUGAUGAAGGGUCUGUACAGAGGCCUGUCUCUCAACUACAUCUACUGUGUGCCCUCACAGGCUGUGGCCUUUAUCACCUAUGGGUUGAUGAAGCAAACCAUCCACCUCAACUAGCUGCUCCCUCACCAUCCAUCUCUACCCUUCAUCGUUGCAUGGCGGGACUGAGGCACGUUCACUGGGGAUAAACGUUCUGAAAGGUUUAGAAAGAUCCCUAGCAGCUGUCUAUCUCAAAACAGCCUGAACAAGAGUGUUCUCUGGGGCUAUAUGUUCUGAAAUGUUAAGGGAAUAUUGCCUAUUAGAUAUGUUAAUUUGCCCUAGUAAACGUUUUCAGUUUUAAGGAAGUCGGCUUCCAUUCGGAGGUGUUGACCCCUGCUACCAGAGGCGGCCAUUGUGGCUCAGCCACUGGAGCCGAGCCUAGUAGCUGCUUACCCCAGUCGGAAAGCAGAGGAAUGCUAGGCGCUGGGCCCCAUGGCAGUGCUAAUCCAGUGCCCAUGUCUGUGUCUGCGCCUAUAAUGUUGUGCUGAAACCAUCCGCCAAACCUGCGGCUUGGCUUUGGACAACACCCCGGCAACUAUUGCCAUGGAUAGCUAUAGACAAUGGCUUCCUCUGCUUCGAUGGGCAGCUAUGGGCAAUGAACCCCUAACAACACUCGUUGGUAAUGCCAUAGAAACCCAAUUAUGUACACUGCUCCCCCAUCCUACCCCACCACCCGCCCCUAAGAAGUCACCCAGCCAAUGACGGAGGGGAAAGUCACACCGGACAAUCUGGCGUAUCCAAUCGGAGGCCUUCUUUUCCUCAUGUACCUACUGUUGUGAGUACAAAUCUAGACACAUAAUCAAUGAGACAAGGAUUUAAAUGUGUAGUAUGUCAGUUAUAAGAGUCCAGAUUCAACGAACAUUUUAUGAGAAUAAAGAAACACUCCCCGAGCUUGUGUUGAACACAGAACUGUACUUUUUGAGCAGCCUAUGUCUAAUAGAAUCCUAAUGAUAAAAUCCCACAUCAGUUUGUUCAAAACUGAACAUAAUUUAUUUUUUAUUUUGAUACUCCCCCAAAAAGUCUUAUUGUCUGUCUGACAUCGAAACAGGUUUGCUUUCUAAUUUUUUCACCCCAUGCAGUUUAACAGAUGUGUCUCUGUAGGAGUGUUGUGUGUGUGUUAAAGCAUCCGUUCGGCUUUCAGUGUGUAGUGUGUCUCUUGUCUAUGGUGCAGGUUAGAUUCAGGGAAUGAGGCCGUGAUUUACUAUUGUAGCGUGCAGAAACAGUUAUGUCUCAUUCUAAUGAUGUUGUGUGUCUACCGGGAGGAUUUAGAAUUGAUAGAGAUUUGUGUCUAUGAGAGAGUCCAAGGGACUAUUAUCCAGUAGGGUUGCAAAAUUAAACUUUUCCAAAAUGCCCAGGUUUCCCAGACAUCCCAGGUACAGGAUGGAAAUGGAACAUGUUGGAAUUUUGGGAAACUUACCUACCAGAAGACUGGUGUUGACAUUGUUCCUAUAAGAGGACCAUGAACUGAUGUAUGGACUGAUGGCGGUGGUUCUAGCAUAUGUUAUAUUUGCUCCCCGUCUACAUUUCCUGUGUUCAGGUGUGUGUAGAAAGAGUUUGUCAGCUACUGAUAUCUAGACACUAGCAUAAAUAAAUACAUGUAAGAUGGUGCUAUAUAAUUUGAAGCACCCAAAUGGAAACCUGAGUUAAGCACUUCAGGAAGAAACUUGCACUUGGAAGAUUCAGCAGAAGACGUGGAUGUCUAUUAAGGCAGCCCCCCGCACCUCUCUGAUUCAGAGGGGGUGGGUUAAAUUCGGAAGACACAUUUCAGUUGAAUGCAUUCAGUUGUACAACCUGCUAGUUAUCCCCCUUUCCUUUGGCUCUUUUGUGUUUAUUUAUGAUAGUGUAGUAUGACUCUGUCCACAAGGGGUCAGAAACGAGUCCGUAAUAUGUUUACCCACAACAACAGCCUGCCCUGGAUGUAACUGGACUUUACAUUACCAUGCUGAAUCAAAAUCAAAUAAUGUAUUGGUCACAUGCGCCGAAUACAAUAGGUGUAGGCUGUACCGUUAAAUGCUUACUUACAAGCCCUUAACCAAUAAUGCAGGGUUUUAACAAAGUAAGAGAAAAUGUGCUUAAUAAACUAAAGGAACGAUAGCCUCAUUAUUGUUAUUUUAUUGUGUUACUAUGUACAAAGCGUUCAUACCCACGACAGAGGUUUCAGUCCAUUGUUAUCAUGAUGAUCCCCACACUGGAGUGCCUUAUGAAUAUGGGCCAUGUUCUUAUCUUGUUAAGCCAAAUGAUGUAAGGAAAUGGGAAGUCAUGAGAAUCAUAUGUACGCUACCGGUCAAAGGUUUUACAACACCAACUCAUUCAAGGGUCUUUCUUUAUUUGUACUAUUUUCUACAUUGUAGAAUCAUAGUGAAGACGUCAAAACUAUGAAAUAACCAAAUCAAAUUUGAUUUGUCUCAUGCGCCGAAUACAACUGCUGUAGACCUGACAGUGAAAUGCUUACUUACAAGCCCUUUACCAACAAUACAGUUUUAAGAAAAAAUACAAAAAUAAGAUAUUAGAAUAACAAAUAAUUAAAGAGCAGCAGUAAAUAACAAUAGCGAGGCUUUAUACAGGGGGUACCGGUACAGAGUCUAUGUAGAGGCUAUAUACAGGGGGUACCGGUACAGAGUCUAUGUGGAGGCUUUAUACAGGGGGUACCGGUACAGAGUCUAUGUGGAGGCUUUAUACAGGGGGUACCGGUACAGAGUCUAUGUGGAGGCUUUAUACAGGGGGUAACGGUACAGAGUCUAUGUGGAGGCUUUAUACAGGGGGUACCGGUACAUAGUCUAUGUGGAGGCUUUAUACAGGGGGUACCGGUACAGAGUCUAUGUGGAGGCUUUAUACAGGGGGUACCGGUACAGAGUCUAUGUAGAGGCUAUAUACAGGGGGUACCGGUACAGAGUCUAUGUGGAGGCUUUAUACAGGGGGUACCGGUACAGAGUCUAUGUGGAGGCUUUAUACAGGGGGUACCGGUACAGAGUCUAUGUGGAGGCUUUAUACAGGGGGUACCGGUACAGAGUCUAUGUGGAGGCUUUAUACAGGGGGUACCGGUACAGAGUCUAUGUGGAGGCUUUAUACAGGGGGUACCGGUACAGAGUCUAUGUGGAGGCUAUAUACAGGGGGUACCGGUACAGAGUCUAUGUGGAGGCUUUAUACAGGGGGUACCGGUACAGAGUCUAUGUGGAGGCUAUAUACAGGGGAUACCGGUACAGAGUCUAUGUGGAGGCUAUAUACAGGGGGUACCGGUACAGAGUCUAUGUGCGGGAGCACCGGUGUCGAGGUAAUCGAGGUAAUAUGUAGGUAGAGUUAUUAGGAGUAGCAGAAGUGUAGGGGGGGGGGGGGAAUGCAAAUAGUCUGGGUAACCAUUUGAUUAACUGUUCAGGAGAAGCUGUUUAUAAGCCUCUUGGACCUAGACUUGGCGCUUUGGUACCGCUUGCCGUGCGAUAGCAGAGAGAACCGUCUAUGACUAGGGUGGCUGGAGUCUGACAAUUGUUAGGGCCUUCCUCUGACACCGCCUGGUAUAGAGGUCCUGGAUGGCAGGAAGCUUGGCCCCAGUGAUGUCCUGGGCCGUAUGCACUACCCUCUGUAGUGCCUUGCGGUCGGAGGCCGAGCGGUUGCCAUACCAGGCAGUGAUGCAAGUCAGGAUGCUCUCGAUGGUGCAGCUAUAGAACCUUUUGAGGAUCUGAGGACCCAUGCAAAUUCUUUUCAGUCUCCUGAGGGAGAAUAGGUUUUGUCGUGCCCUCUUCACGACUGUCUUGGUGUGUUUGGACCAUUCUAGUUUGUUGGUGAUGUGGACUCCAAGGAACUUGAAGCUUUCAACCUGUUCCACUACAGCCCCGUCAAUGAGAAUGGGGGCAUGCUCAGUCCUCCUUUUCCUGUAGUCCACAAUCAUCUCCUUUUGUCUUGAUCACAUUGAGGGAGAGGUUGUUGUCCUUGCACGGCCAGGCACAACUCCAACACCAUCAUUAAGAUUGCUGAUGACACAGCAAGUGGGUAGGCCUGAUCACCGACAACAACGAGACAGCCUAUAGGGAGGAGGUCAGAGACCUACAGCCCCGUCAAUGAGAAUGGGGGCGUGCUCAGUCCUCCUUUUCCUGUAGUCCACAAUCAUCUCCUUUUGUCUUGAUCACGUUGAGGGAGAGGUUGUUGUCCUUGCACGGCCAGGCACAACUCCAACACCAGAGACCUACCACUUGCUGUGUCAUCAGCAAUCUUAAUGAUGGUGUUGGAGUUGUGCCUGGCCGUGCAGUCAUGAGUGAACAUGGAGUACAGGAGUGGACUGAGCACGCACUCCUGAGGGGUCCCCGUGUUGAGGAUCAGCGUGGCGGAUGUGUUGUUACCUACCCUUACCACCUGGGGGCGGCCCGUCAGGAAGUCCAGGAUCCAGUUGCAGAGGGAGGUGUUUAGCUUAGUGAUGAGCUUUGAGGGCACUAUGGUGUUGACCGCUGAGCUGUAGUCAAUGAAUAGCCUUCUCACAUAGGUGUUCCUUUUGUCCAGGUGUGAAAGGGCAGUGUGAAGUGCAAUAUAAAUUGUAUCAUCUGUGGAUCUGUUGGGGCGGUAUGUAAAUUGGAAUGGGUCUAGGGUUUCUGGGAUGAUGAUGUUGAUGUGAGCCAUGACCAGCCUUUCAAAGCACUUCAUGGCUACAGACGUGAGUGCUACGGGUUGGUAGUCAUUUAGGCAGAUUACCUUAGUGUUCUUUGGCACAGGGACUAUGGUGGUCUGCUUGAAACAUGUUGGUAUUACAGACUCAGACAAGGAGAGUGAAAAUGUCAGUGAAGACUUGCCAGUUGGUCAGCGCAUGCUCAGGGGUACACGUCCUGGUAUCCAUCUGGCCUUGCGGCAUUGUGAAUGUUGACCUGUUUAAAGGUUUUACUCACAUCGGCUGCGGAGAGCGUGAUCACACAGUCGUCCGGAACAGCUGAUGCUCUCAUGCAUGUUUCAGUGUUAUUUUGCUUGUCUGGUAGGCUCGUGUCACUGGGUAGUUCUCAGUGGAAUCAUGUAGCACACAUGGAAUCAUGUAGUAACCAAACAAGUGUUAAACAAAUCAAAAUAUAUUUUAUAUUUGAGAUUCUUCAAAUAGCCACCCUUUGCCUUGAUGACAGCUUUGCACACUCUUGGCAUUCACUCAACCAGCUUCAUGAGGUAGUCACCUGGAAUGCAUUUCAAUUAACAGGUGUGCCUUGUUAAAAGUUCAUUUGUGGAAUUUCUUUCCUUCUUAAUGUGUUUGAGCCAAUCAGUUGUAUUGUGACAUGGUAGGUGCGGUAUAUAGAAAAUAGUAUGGACUUGGUUGUUUUACCAAAUAGGGCUAUGGCAAGAACAGCUCAAAUAAGCAAAGAGAAAAAACGACAGUCCAUCAUUACUUUAAGACAUGGUCAGUCAAUACAGAACAUUUCAAGAACUUUAAAUGUUUCUUCAAGUGCAGUCGCAAAAACCAUCAAGCGCUAUGAUGAAACUGGCUCUCAUGAGGACCACCUCAGGAAUGUAAGACCCAGAGUUACCUCUGCUGCAGAGGAAAAGUUCAUUUGAGUUACCAGCCUCAGAAAUUGCAGCCCAAAUAAAUGCUUCACAGAGUUAAAGUAACAGACACAUCUCAACAUCAACUGUUCAGAGGAGACUGUGAUUCAGGCCUUCAUGGUUGAAUUGCUGAAAGAAACCACUAGUAAAGGACACCAAUAAGAAGAAGAGACUUGCUUGGGCCAAGAAAUAUGAGCAUUGAACAUUAGACUGGUGUAAAUUUGUCCUUUGGUCUGGAGUCCAAAUUGGAGAUAUUUGGUUCCAACCGCCGUGUCUUUGUGAGAUGUGAUGUGGGUGAACGGAUGACCUCCGCAUGUUGUAUUUCCCACGUAAAGCAUGGAGGAGGUGUGAUGGUGUGGGGGUGCUUUGCUGAUGACACUGUGAUUUAUUUAGAAUUCAAGGCACAGUUAACCAGCAUGGCUACCACAGCAUUCUGCAGCAAUAUGCCAUCACAUCUGGUCUCAAUAGUCUAAAGUCACUUCUUUUCCCAAUCUGCUUUCCUUCAGCUGCACUGAACGAGCUGGUUAGGUAAACACUACUUCCUGGUAGGCCGCUUCCAUACUGCUUUCAGCUAUCCUGUGUUUUCAGAUCAGUGCAGAAAUGGAGAGGAUUUUGUUUUAGUGGACCAUUUAAAAUACAUAAAAAAUGUACACCCGGCAACAGAUACAUACCAUUAACUGUCAACGAUAUAAACACAAAGUUGAAAGACUUGUUUCCAUUGUGGUCCUCUUGAGAAGAGGAAGCCACUUUUUUUCUUACUAUUGAGAUGCACCCUCUAACUUCCCUGAAGGCCAAGCAACACAGGACUUACAUGUAUGUUACAGGGCUAUAAAAAAGAUUAGGCCAUACUCUCUUUGGAGCACUGAUGCUCUGUCCCAAUGCACAUCUCUCCUAUGGGAAUGUUUACCACUGUCCCAAUGCACAUAUCUCCUAAGGGAAUGUUUACCACUGUCCCAAUGCACAUCUCUCCAAUAGGAAUGUUUACCACUGUCCCAAUGCACAUCUCUCAUAUGGGAAUGUUUACCACUGUCCCAAUGCACAUAUAUCCUAAGGGAAUGUUUACCACUGUCCCAAUGCACAUCUCUCCUAAGGGAAUGUUUACCACUGUCCCAAUGCACAUCUCUCCUAAGGGAAUGUUUACCACUGUCCCAAUGCACAUCUCUCAUAAGGGAAUGUUUACCACUGUCCCAAUGCACAUCUCUCCUAAGGGAAUGUUUACCACUGUCCCAAUGCACAUCUCUCCUAAGGGAAUGUUUACCACUGUCCCAAUGCACAUCUCUCCUAUAGGAAUGUUUACCACUGUCCCAAUGCACAUCUCUCCUAUAGGAAUGUUUACCACUGUCCCAAUGCACAUCUCUCCUAAGGGAAUGUUUACCACUGUCCCAAUGCACAUCUCUCCUAAGGGAAUGUUUACCACUGUCCCAAUGCACAUCUCUCCUAAGGGAAUGUUUACCACUGUCCCAAUGCACAUCUCUCCUAAGGGAAUGUUUACCACUGUCCCAAUGCACAUCUCUCCUAAGGGAAUGUUUACCACUGUCCCAAUGCACAUCUCUCCUAAGGGAAUGUUUACCACUGUCCCAAUGCACAUCUCUCCUAAGGGAAUGUUUACCACUGUCCCAAUGCACAUCUCUCCUAAGGGAAUGUUUACCACUGUCCCAAUGCACAUCUCUCCUAAGGGAAUGUUUACCAAUGAUUUCUCCCAGCCCACCCAUGGCACGGUAGCUAAGCCCUUAGCCUUCACCUCUUAAGUCAAUCUCAUCGAUGCUCAGACUUUAUUCUCUACGGUCUUUUGUACAAGAUUUGUUAUUUUGGCGCUAGGAAACUUUAUGCCGUAACCAAACAAGUGUUAAACAAAUCAAAAUAUAUUUUAUUUUCGAAUUCUUCUUUUCUUAUUUAACUAGCAAGUUGGUUAAGGACUAAUUGUUAUUACAAUUACGGCCUACCCCAGCCAAACCUGGACGCUACCCUAUUACAGCCGGAUGUGAUACAGCCUGGAUUCGAACCAGGGAAUGUAGUGACACCUCUCUGCACUGAGAUGCAUUGCCUUAGACCGCUGCGCCACUCGAGAGCCGUGUUUAGUUGUCUGAAACCAGGGUUAUGUUCAGCAGUGUAAACGUGGGGGAAAACAUUUUGUCAAAUGCAAAUGACAGAUUGAGGCAGCAUCUUUUCUGUUUCACAGCGUUUCAUCCCAUUGAGGUGCCUGCUGAAUGUGACCUUGUUGAAACAGUUUUGUGAUUCCUAUCAUGGGUUUAAGACAUGAUUGUCUCAGUUAAUGUAUGUGCUUAGGGUGAGAUUGGUUGCAUUGAUAAGUGGAGCACCUGAGAUGUCUGCAGUAAUACAUUCAAUGUGUUUAUUCUGUAGACCUAAACUAUGCUUUUGAAACGCUACGGGCCAAAGUCCUUAAGAUCUACGCUUGUAACUCAAAUGUUCAUGUAAAUCUUCAUUUACAUCAUUACUUGGUUCAGAGUUAGGGCCAAUUCCAUUUCAAUUCAGCCAAUUCAGGAAGUAAACUGAAAUCCCAAUUCUAGCCAAACCUUGUCAGAAUUCAGGCCUAAAGGGAACAUAUCAACUCACUGCUGCUCAAUAUAUCCUGACAGUAGUCUACACAUGACCUAUCCUAGCCUGGUUAAAACAGACUAAAUAAACACUGCUCACCUUACCGUAUGGACGAUGGUGAGUACAGCGUUAUGUCUUGUGUAACCAGGCUAGAACUACCCCGUCUUCAGAUCCGUUUAUUUAGGAUCCAUGUUUAAUGAUGAUAUUCUAAUAAUAUAUCAGGGAAGGAAUGGUUUACUUAUUUUUAUUUAUACAUCCAUUUUUGUCAGUUUCUUGUUCUGAUUUUAUAAAUGAUAAAAGAUCAGAAUUGUGUUAAAAUGUUGUAUGUUAUUGAGUCAUUUUAAAGGCUGUUAUUUCUCAUACAGAACUUAUGAUUUGGUUGGUUGUUAGGAAUUUUAUGAAUAAAUGACUAAACAAUAUCCCCAUUUUAAAUGAAACUGUAAUGAAGUAAACUAUACCCUGUUUUAUUAUAUCUGAUUAACAAUAUGAGUUCAUAAGUGAGGGAUUGUGGAGCCUGAAACAGGGGGUAAUUACAUUUAAAUAAAUACCAUUCCAGCCAGGUUGGAGGAGAUUAGGAGUAAGGGUUUUUAAGUAAGCAGAAAAGGUCUUUAAACUAUGGUUGAACUGACGAAACUUAGCUCUGGGGUGUUUUAGAUAAGGCAGUGAGUGCAUUCCCAGGUUUUCUGUUAACUAGAACAGUCAGCUAAGUGGUGAUCGAUAAUGGUGAGGGGUCAAGAGUUAAUUCAGUUAUAUAGUGUGUCCUGUGUGUGCGCUAGUGAGACGGAAUGAACUUUUAAACUUGCUUUGUCUCGGUCGGGAGGAGGAGAUUCAUUCACCAAUGACGUCAUAUUUUGUAUAUAAACUGUUGUUUGUGGUUACAUGGCAGCGCACUCCGAGAAUAAAUACUAUUAUCUAUUUUUGAUAA